AUGACUCAUGUUCCGAUGACAGUGCGUGUGAGGAGGAUACCUCCUAUGCAUUUGCACUCGGACAGGAACGAGGAGAGUCUGAAACCCGACUCUCGCCCCAUAAUAGGACAGGCAUACGACGAGGCUGUGGGUGGAGACGAGACCGUUGGAUUUCGGUACGAUAUCGUACAGCCACCCAGUGCGUCUAAUUGGUUGGGCAGUGACGCAGAUACCACUAACCAGAGCCCUGGCCCUGCCCCAUCUGUGUGUGGUGAAGGUGAAGGUGUGUACGAGACAAAUGCGAGCCACACAGACAGCAUGCGCCAACAGAGCGACGCCACGGCAGCGGCUGGGAGAGGCACGUACACAGCACAGGAGAGCAGCACACACACGUUGUGGGAUAAGGACAAUGGGCUGUGUGCAGACAUGAAUGAGGAAAGCUUGAGAGAUACGGACAGCCGUGUUGUGGUGGGGAGAGAGGCGAGUGGGGCUGAGAUUAGUGGCUUAGGAACUAGUCGGGUGGUAGGUAAAGGCAAAACUAAUCUGGUAGAUGUCAGUGGAGUUAUGGGCGACCCUAGAAGUAGUGAUAUGGAAGACUGGCGGAGUGACAGCGUGGCAUCCUUCAACUCUGGCGGUGGCAGAUCAAAGGACACACUGGGGGAAACCUACGAGCCCAUGCCCAGAUUUAUCCCAGAGCAGAGCACCGAUGUCAAUAGCAAAACUCCAGCCGGCGAACAUGGAACCGCAGAUUAUAUAAAUAGACCUGCCAAGGAUUCUACAAAUAGAUCUGCUACACAGACAGUGGCUAUAGAUGACGACGUUCGAAGGUCCAAGCCAAAGCACAGCCGAGUCAAUGGAUUAAAUCGGGGCCGCCCCAGUGCACGAGCCUAUCCCAAGUCCAGUCAGAGCCAAAUACGUAUUCGGAAACGGAUAGAUACACACAUAACGCCAAACAGCGACCCAGCCACACACACGCCCACAUACGCACAUGCAAACGCACACACUGUGGCGCUUGCACGCACCAAUCGCAGCACUCAGGCACACCCACAGACUCAGUCUCACACACGCACACACACACACACAAACACGAAUGGGCAUACGCAUGUGCGUACACGGGCAGGUGUGGGUGGAGGAGAGAGGGAGAGGCUGAGAGAGGCUGAGAAUACCGACAACACACAAACAGGGCUUAAACACACUACUACACAGCGACAGGUGGAACGAGAGGGAAUAACGUUACCAGCACACAUGCACACACACACCCCAGAACUGUUGGGGGCACAGACUCAGGGAGCCACAUUGAAGGAAUCAGACAACGAACGGGUGCGAUCAAGUACUGCCCGAUCCAGACAUCUGCGCAAUGGUGGCCGGUUGACGGAAGACAGCCAAAUGCGUCUACAGCGAUCUCGCACAGACAUCCCGUUAGUCUCAAACACAUCACAGGAUCCAGCGCUAGUGGGCCGAUACCACUCGGGUCUGAAACUGAAGACCAGUAUCACCGCCCCGAUCCCAAAGGCUCCCAUAGAGGACCGGAUUGUCCUCAACUCCGCAGCUUUUCAGAGAGCGGGAGACGAUAGUACCGUGGAAGAGACAAACAAAAACUUCACAUUACAGAUAACGAGCAUCAACUCGAAACACGCAUCGAGCGGCAAACAGAUUUCCAGUCGACGUUCUUAUAGACGGAGUAAUGAGUUGAGUGGACCUAUACGCAUAGCCAGUGGACCUAUACGCAUAGCCGCCGGCCUGGCCACAGACGAUAUAGAAUUGCACAACGAGCAAAUAUAUCAGAAUGCGCAAGGAAAUCAGGAUUACAGCAGAAAAACAGGCACGGGUAAUACGGCCAAAAAGGGAUUCAGUUUGGAGUUUGAACCCGAUCCGUAUGAUCCCGAUUACUGUGAGGAACGCUGGACCGAGGCUCUACGCGCAGACGCAGAGCAAAAGUCAG